AUGCGGUAUGAUUUCCCCCGGCAGUUGCUGUGCUUGCCUGUCCUGCCCUCCGCAUGGAAGACGUUUUUCUUUGGAUCUACCACGCCUUCGGUCGGGGCGGUCCCCGCAAAGAAAGAAGUCCCCAUCCCUCCGAUGACGCCUUUAGAAAAGAGAUUGCUGGACAUGGGUUCAAUCAGAGGAGACGGAAGCGACAAGUUCUAUGGCAUGGAGAAUUAUGGAAACACCUGCUACUGCAACUCGAUAUUGCAGUGUCUCUACUACUCGGUCCCAUUUCGCGAAGCCGUGAUCAACUAUCCUACACGAACCCCGAUAGAAAGCUUAGAAGCCGCGUUGGCAAAAAGUCUCCGGUACCCGAAUCCAAAUGCUCAUCUUGAAGCAGAAGCCCAGGCAGAGAAACAGAGAGCCGCCAACGCUCAGCGACCCGGCAUGCCACCAGCUCAACCGCAGAAACCCGAAGAUAAGGACUCCCCGGACUAUAAGAAGAAAAUGGCCCUGCAGACUCUCCCGCUCUUAGAGGCGCAAAACAACGCCACCAGUUAUGGUAUGUCGGAAUCAUUAUUCACCUCCCUGAAGGAUAUAUUCGAGUCUGUCGUCGGGAGUCAGUCCCGAAUCGGCAUCGUGCGUCCGCAGCAAUUCUUAGAUGUGCUCCGACGGGAUCAUGAAAUGUUUCGGACGGCUAUGCAUCAGGACGCGCAUGAGUUUUUGAACUUGCUACUCAACGAGGUGGUUGCGAAUGUCGAGGCCGAAGCUUCGAAACAGCCUGCUGCCAUAGAGAAGAGCCUCCCCGCGCCCGACCAUGCGGAGACCGUCGAUCAGUCCGCUAGCUCGGGCUCGAAAACACCCAACACCACGCGCUGGGUUCACGAGCUGUUCGAGGGAACCUUGACAUCCGAAACACAGUGUCUCACAUGUGAGAAGGUGUCUCAGCGGGACGAGAUCUUCCUGGAUCUCUCAGUGGAUCUGGAACAGCAUUCGUCGGUCACAUCAUGCUUGAGGAAGUUCUCCGCCGAGGAGAUGCUUUGCGAACGAAACAAGUUUCACUGCGACAACUGCGGUGGUCUCCAGGAGGCCGAGAAACGAAUGAAAAUCAAACGCUUGCCGCGCAUUCUGGCCUUGCAUCUCAAGCGGUUUAAAUAUACCGAAGAUCUGCAGCGACUCCAGAAGCUCUUCCACAGGGUCGUGUAUCCCUACCACCUUCGCCUGUUCAAUACCACCGACGACGCUGAGGAUCCCGACCGCCUGUACGAGUUGUAUGCGGUGGUGGUGCAUAUCGGUGGCGGGCCCUACCACGGACAUUACGUAGCAAUCAUCAAGACCGAAGAUCGAGGAUGGUUGCUUUUCGAUGACGAGCUGGUCGAACCGGUGGACAAGAAUUAUGUCCGGAACUUCUUUGGCGACAAGCCUGGCUUGGCCUGUGCCUACGUCCUGUUUUAUCAGGAGACCACCCUCGAGGCCGUCAUGAAGGAACAGGAGCAGGAGAACAUGGAGUCAAAUCUUAGCGCCACCGAUACGAAUGAAGCGGCCUUGAAGCCGAAUGGGUCCUCUCCGUCACAUCUGGCACAUGUCCACAGCGCCUCUUAUAUCCCAUCGCUGGAGGAACACAAUCGGCCCAACGGUCUCAAGCGCGCUCCGACCGCGCCUCAGCUUUCUACCCAUCACGAGCAUGGAGAUCCCGAGAGCGGUGCAUUUAGCCCCGUUACUGCAACGCCCCCUGUACCUCCGAUUCCCGAGCACCUCUCCGCCGCUCCGAUUCCGCCGAAGAGCGACGUGCAAGGCAAGAAAGAACGGGCCCGAGAAGAGAAGGAACGAAAAGCGGCUGAAAAGGAACGCGAGAAGGCCGAGAAGCUGCGUCGAAAGGAACAGGAAGCGCGAGCGAAAGAAAAUCAACGCCGCGAGGAAGCCGAAUUGAAGGCUGCUCUAGAGGCGAGCAAAGCCUCCAAGGCUCAGGAGGACCGCCGCCAGAGCCCGGACCAUGGCAAAGACAAACUCGGCGGGGGGUUGAGCCGACUCAAGCGAGGCAGCAAGAGCUUCAGUCAGAGACUGGGCAAGGACAAAGAAACCCGGAGUGUAUCAUCGUUGGAAGCCCCACCCCUGCCCAUCCCAGGGCAUCCGAUUUCGCGCGAUGGGCCGAUCCCCGAGCAACAUCAGCAACAGCCAGACCCGAAGGAUGAUCCGUUCCAAGAUUCACACCACCCCAACAAGCCUAUGAUGAAGGAGGACGAACAAGCGAACCACAAAGACCCCAAGCACGAGCGAACCGGGCAUGGGAAAUGGAGAAGUUUCAGCCUGCGAAAGAAGUCAUUCAGCAUUCUCUCAUAG